CGUCGUGCACCAAAAUACCACCUGGUUUACUUUUCCAGUAUUCGUUGAGAUCUGUUCGCGGUUAGAUCUGUGUUGUGUGUAUGUAUUGUGCCUUAUUAUCUCCGCAUGCUUUCUUGACUUCCGCCUUUUGGUGCCAUGUCGUCCUACGGUAGACCGAGUGGAAGUUAUUACAGUCCUUCCACCAGAAGUAGUUACGGCACGACUCCAAACUACGGAACAAACUCCAGCAGAACUUACUCAAAGCCUUCAUACACACCAAGUUCUUCAAAAUAUGGUUCAUCAUCCUAUAUCACGCCUACCCGAGAAAAAUCCGUUGGUAGAGAUACUACUGGUGGAUAUACUUCAGACUAUGGUAAAUCUGGUUAUACUUCAGACUAUGGUAAAUCAGGUUAUACAUCAGACCGCAACAGAGUCGGCUACACUUCGGACUACAACACAAAGCCCAGCUCUACGUAUUCAUCCUAUAGCAAACCAAUCUAUGGUUACGGCAGCAACAGAAAUGUUAGCAGACAGAACAGUAUAACAGGUUCGGACAGACUGUCACGACAAAAUAGCCUGACUGGCAAUGAUAAUUUAUCCAGGCAAAACAGUAUGACUGGAGUUAAUUUAUCCAGGCAAAAUAGUGUUACAGGAAAAGACAGUUUGUAUAGAAGAGACAGUUAUGGUACUUUAAAUAAUAAUUUCUCGAAUUACGGAGGAUAUUCCAGAUCUCAAAGUAAAGAGGAUGCAACCAGUAAUCUAAAUGGUUUGAGUAAUUCUGAAUCAAAAUCAAAAGUUAAUUGUAAAGCUCCAGCUGAUUUCACCACUGAUGAAUCAGAAUCGGAAGAAGAAACUGAAUCAGAUGAAGAAGAUUCCGAUUUAGAAUGUGAUGAAAUACUGAUGGUUACUAGACCUACUUCUCCGAACAAAGACAAUUCCAACGGAACAACAACUUCCUCCAACAAGAUCGCUGUUACAAAAAAGGAAAAAGUGAAAAUCAAUCUAAACAAGCCACGAGAUACUACCGAGACAUCAUGCCAAGUGGUCCCGGAAGACAUUCCCGCAAAGAGAGAACGUUUCAUAUCUUCACGUCCUACUAGUCUUUAUCUUAACAAAUAUUAUCCCAGCCCCAGAUCUUAUACAUCUACAACAAGAAGUUAUGGAAGUAACGAAACAUCUCCUAAGACUCCAGACUCUUCCAAAAUACCUGUUAUUAAACAACAGUUAUCCGUGGAUGAACCUGCGUCUGCUGGUGGGUUUUCAAGAGACGCAUCUCCCAAUGCCAGAACGCAAAAUGAAGAGCCUAAUAAAGAUUUCCGUAAAUCUGUUCUUAACAUGAAUGUGGAUGAAAGUUUAAGGGAUGAGUACGGCCGUCGUCAGGAAGAAAUGAGACGUCACAGACGUCGACAUGGGGGUGUGGAACAACAAUCCUCCUCUGCAACUCCCAGUUCGACAGAGGAUGAGAACCACCUGCCCGAUCCAGAUCAAGAGGUUCGAAAAAGAAAAGUACUCAAGAAAUCUCCCUCCAGAAGUGGUAUUUUGUCUAAAUGUGGUUCUCGCUCUAAAGUGGAGAACUCCGUGAAAAAGAGCCCAUCGCAUGCAAGAGUUCAGAGAAGAUUAAGAGAAGAAGGAACAGACUUAAAACAAGUUUCUUCAUCAUCAUCUACAUCCACAUCAUCUAGUUCUGAAGAUGACACAAAUAGGAACCGCACUAGGCAAAGAUGGAAAAGCACUCGCAGCUCAAAGGAGAAUACAGAUGAUCAACUGAGCACCAAAGAAGAAGCCCCCUCAUUGAUCGUUCACCCACCGAUAGAAAAUGGAGAGAGUGAGGACAAGGAAGACGAGGAACCAGUACAGAAACUCAUGAAAGUACCCAGUAGUGAGUCUUCAGACUUGACUUCUCCCGGAGAGGUUGUACACCUUUCGUUCCCCUGUCCCAAGACCCCACCCCCUCUAGAAAGAGUGGAUUCUGGUAGAAAUGUUGCCGUUUCUGUGAACAUUGCGGAUUUUUUGAAACCAAAAUCCUCCCAGAAGAAAAAAAGUAGUAGCUCUGAGGAGUCCAGCAGCUCAGAGGAAGAUGAGAGAGAUCUUUUGACUCCUGUUGUUCCAAUUAACGACCCAUCCGAGACUGAUAAAUCUCCAGAGCCUGUGCAGAAGUUGAAAUCAGAAUCCUCCUCAUCAUCCAGCGAAGAAGAGGAGGAGGAGGAGGAAGAGGAGGAAGACGAGGAGGAGGACGAGGAGAAAGAUAAAGAAAUUGACAAAAAUCUACAGAGAUCUGCAACCGUUAUUCAAGUGAAAGAGCCCGACAAAGAGGAGAGUAGCGAAGAAGAAUCCAGCGAAGAAUCAAGUGAGGAAGAAAGUGAAGAAGAAAAUGAUAAGCUCAAACGAUGUCCGACUCAGGUUAUUAAGCCAGUACAAGAAACAACAACGAAAGACAAAUCUGAAUCGGAAGAAAGCGAAGAGGAAUCGAGCAGCGAUGAAAAAGCGAAAACAAGCGAAAGCGACAGAAAAUCUUCGACAGAUAUCGACACUAAAAAGAGUGAUACUGAUGCACCUCAACUGAAUGGAGAAUCUUACUGGCCGAAAUCUCAAAAGAAAGAUAGUUUGCCAACACCCGACACUAUGACUCUCUUCAUAGGUCAAUGCAAAGACAUUGAUGAAAUGUUAGGCUCACCGAGUCCAGUCAGUCCGAAUGCAGCUCCCAACGCUUCUCCUACUAGGCAGCAACCAUUCAAAUUCCAAGCAAGCAUCACACCUGCUGCAAAGAAAGAGACGUCGUCUGAGGAAGAAGAGGAAGAGGAGAGCGACAGCAGCGACAUUGAAGAAGUCGAGGCAUCGGUUGUCAAAUUCCAUGAAUCCAAACCUCAGAAGCCUGAGUUGGGGGCUUACACCGAAGAAAUCGACUCGAGCGCGGUUCGAAUCCGUGAGAAUAGACCCUUGACUUCCGAAUUGGCAGCUGAAGAAAUAGAUUCAUCUUCAGUGAAAAUACGUGAACCAACUAUCAUGCAUGGGCACAUUUCAAAGGCUCCCAUUCAGAAGGCUGAAGAAUGCGAAAUUGUUAAAACUGGAAAUUUAACAAAUGGAACAUAUGUAGAUAACAACAGACGGAGAAGUUCCUCGUCAAAUCAACUCGUAUCAAAAGCUACUGCACUAAUUGAGAAGCUCAAAACGACGGAAAAUAGAGAUUUAAGGCGAACACUUUUUUCAUUGAAACAAGUUUUCCAGGAUGACAAAGAUUUGGUCGGAGCCUUUAUUGAAUCCGAUGGACUUUCGAUUCUUGUCAAAGUCGGGAACGAAUCUGACCACAGUUAUCAGAAUUAUAUUUUAAGAGCUCUCGGUCAAGUAAUGCUAUAUGUAGAUGGCAUGAAAGGUAUAAUGGAACACACUGAAACUUUAAUAUGGCUGUAUAAUCUGACUGCAUCUAAAUAUCGAAUGGUAUCGAAACUGGCUGUCAAGUUGCAACUCAUGUUUGUAGAAUACGCACCGAGUAAUGCAAUACUACUGAGAGAUGCUGUCAUGACUGUCGAUAGAUUGAAAGGAAAUCGUUUAUGGAACAACGUGAUGCAACAUCUGAAAGAAAAAGACAAUCUCGAUAUGGAAUUACUAGUUUAUUGCUUGACCCUUAUUAACAAAUUGGCAGAUGGUUUUUCUGAUCAAGAUGAUUACUUUGAUUUCGUUGAUUCAUUGGAAGAGCAAGGGAUGGAACAAGUGGUGCAAUUCCAUUUGUGUAGAGCCGGGACUGACAAGGAGCUCCUUAAGCAACUGCAAAGAUAUGAAGCAGUGCUAAAACACGAAGAUGGAGAAGGAGAUAGCAAACCUCCAACGGCCCCUUUCAUUCAAAGAACGAAGAAAACUAGUUUAUCAGGCAGGAGGACAAGUCAAGAGGGCAGAAAGAGUCGCCGACAUUCCACGCCAGUGGUACCUACCUUUAUGUCUCCCAAAUCUCCUCCAGCUGUUUCACCUACAGUCAAAACUUCAGCUCCCCCAUGGGUUAGAAGAGAUAGCCGAGAUGCUCUUAAACCAACAGAGACUUCCUCUACUAUUAAAGAGCCUGAAUUGGACAUCGAUGAUGACACUGGCAUUACACCUGCUUUAAGACGAAGACGAGAUGCCAGAAACCGGACGCUCACAGGGCAAAGUGAUCCCAAUUAUCCAGCUCCACAACAGACAUUACCUUCUCCAGAGGUGAAAGAAAAACCUACAUUCCACAGUGACAGAGCUACCAGACCUUCCUUGGUGAGUAAGCAAAGAUCGUUAUUUGAGAAUCAGAAGGAAGAGGAACCACCACCCAAGGAAUCACUCAUUCGGAGACCGAGCAGGGGUGAAACUUCUCUAGUCAAGCAGCAGGUACAACAGGAAAUUAAGCCUGUACCUCCUCCAUCUCCCACUAAACUCCCAUUCGUUCGACAGAAUAGUUUAUCAGGGUCUGUACCACCUAUUCCAAGUGUCCCAACAACUCCACCAACAAAUAUACCUAAGCCUUUUUAUGGGCAACCAAACAGAAGUCCAGUACCAUACACUUCACCCGUGGAACCACCUAAAUUUCCAACCAAUAAAUCUUGGGAUGCAAACCAAAAUAUCAUUGCACAAUCCGAAGAAACUUCUCAGCCGAAAUUCCCUCUGAAAAAAGAUGGAAGUAGAAAAGAUAUUCAGAAUAAAUUUUUGUCUCAAGAAAAACCAGUGGCACCUGAACCUUCCAGAACGAGGUUUGGUACGACUCCUGGAGUUGUCAGUCGAGCCAAAGAAGGGCUUGCUGGAUAUGGUACAACCACAAGAACGGAGCCUAAAUCUCCUCAAGGUCACGAUUUAAGGAGAUCAGCCAGUGGUGUCAAGGAAUUGCAUUGGGAUCAACUUUUGCAAACAAUGCGGCGACCACUUCGUAUAAACGAUCUUGAUUUCUCAGAUCUCUGUGAUGAUGACGAUGUCAACAUUCUAAUGAGACCGGUGAAUGCAGCGCCCUUCCCUGGAGCACCACCACCACCCCCUCCACCCGGAAUGGGUGGUCCACCACCACCUCCUCCACCCCCAGGUUUAGGAGGACCUCCAGGACCACCCCCACCUCCUGGAAGUUUCGGACCACCGCCGCCACCUCCUGGAGGAUUUGGUGCACCGCCAGCUUUAGGCAUGAAUAGAGGUGUACCUUCCCCACCGCCAUGGCUGAGGAAAAAUUCACCGAAUCCUGCAGACCAAAAUCAGGCUAAUUUCAACAAAAGAGUAAAGACUGUCAAACUAUUUUGGAAGGAGGUGAAAGAAGAACCCAUGUUGAUGGACAGGUCAGGAAAGAAGAGAACGAUCUGGGACGAACUUAAACCAGUUCCACUUGACAUACAGCGGCUGGAGAAUCUUUUUGAAAAUAAAUCAAAAGACAUCAUGAGCAAGAAAGCACAAGACGGAAAUAAAAAAUCAGAGCUAAUUGUCUUGGACGCCAAACGUUCGAACGCAAUAAAUAUAGGAAUGACGAAACUACCACCAAAAGGUGCCAUUAAAGCCGCCAUCUUAAAAAUGGAUACGACUAUUAUGAAUAGAGAAGGCAUUGAGAAAAUUUUAACCACUAUGAUGCCAACUGAAGAAGAAAAAAAGAAAAUUGUCGAAGCUCAGUUGGAAAACCCUGACAUUCCUUUAGGCUCAGCGGAACAAUUCCUUCUAACUUUAGCUUCGAUAAGUGAGCUGGAAGCUAGACUCAAGCUGUGGGCUUUCAGGUUGGAUUACGAAACUAUGGAGAAGGAAGUUGCUGAGCCUUUGAUGGAUCUCAAACAAGCCAUCGUUGAGAUAGAAAGCAGUGUGACAUUUAGAGCAGUUCUCAGUACACUACUAUGUGUAGGAAACUUCCUAAACAACACAAAUGCAAAAGGUUUUAGUUUAGAUUAUUUAAGUAAAGUUCCUGAAGUGAAGGACACCGUCCACAAGCAUUCACUGCUACACCACAUCUGUACUAUGGUGAUGGAAAAAUUUCCCGAUUCUACCAAUCUCUACUCGGAGUUCGGUGCUACUACCAGGGUCUCCAAAGUAGAUUUUGACGAAUUAGCAAAAAAUUUAGUGAAAAUGGAGACGGAGUGCAAAGCAUCAUGGGAAUAUUUGAAAGCAGUGCUAAAGCACGAUUGUAUUCACAUCAGUAAAUCUAGAUUAUCUGAAUUCCUGAAUGAUUGUGCAGAAAGGAUUAUUAUUCUAGGAAUAAUUCACAGACGUGUUGUUAAUAGGUUUAUAAAAUUACUCGUGUUCCUUGGUUUCCCCUCUCAUUCCAUUCGGGAAGCAAAGGUCCACACAGUAUGCAAAGUAAUCAGUGAGUUUUCCCUUGAGUACAGAACAUGCCGAGAGAGAGUUCUGCAACAAAUUGAAAAGGCUGCAGCUCUCAAAGAAAGAAACAAAACAAAAGGGAAAAUUGUGGCACAGCCUCAGAAGUGUCGCCCUCAAACAAAAGAACAAAAAGAAGAUCAGCAAUUGAGACAGAUUCUUGGAGAAUCUGAUGCAGAGGAAGCCAAAAUGACUCAAUGGGGAUCAAUGAUAAACCUCAGAGGUCGAAAACCAAGCACACCAGGUGGAACAUUAAGCAGACCUAAUUCCGUAAUGAUGUUAGACCGAGGAUAUUCGACACCUUACGAGAGUACGACCGACAUUGAUGACGAAAUUCUAGAGAGCCUGGUAAAAACAGCAACUGCACAACCAAACAGAACAGAACCCAGAACACGGAAGAAAGCAAGAUAUGCCGAUAGAAAAUCAUUGAGAAGAACACUGAAAGGUGGUCUAGAUAUCGGUGAUGCUUUGGUCACGUGAGAAGAGAGAAAUAUUUAUUUAUAUUCAGAAAUGAUAAAUCGAAACUGCUGUUAUUCAUCACUGAGAGUGAUAUUUUGUUAGAUAUUUGGAGAUGUAUAUUGUAAAGCCACAAGUGUUUUGUUAUAUAAUGUUACGAAUAUUUUUAAUGAAUAGUUUACGUGUCUAUAACCAGGGCAAUCGCAUUUCUAAUCAAGAGAAUAAAACAAAAAUAUAUUUACCCGUGAAAAAUCGGGAAAAUUCACUAGCAAACCUGAAAUUAAUGACGAAAUGAAACAAACCUGAAUGACGAAGCGUAAACUAGUUAUAAAAAUAUUAUUUUGAUGUUUUUUUUUUUGUUAAUAAGUAUUCCUAUUAGAAACAUUUUUAUGAAGAUUCCUAUUAAACAAACAUUCAUCGCUAAAUAAAUUGUUUAUAUGUUUAAAAAAAAAAGAAUUAGCAUGAUUUAGGGUUAUGAAGCCCUGUCUAUGAACAAAAUUCGAAAAUCUACUGAAAAUGGAAAAACAAUAAACUGAAGAUAACCUAUGGGUGCAAUUUUCUGCAUUGAAAAGCAAUUUGUCAGUGUAUAUUUACUGGAGGCGAAUAAAACUUAUACCGUCAAAAAUAUAAUAUCCAGGCAAAAAAUUUCGCUUGGACACUACCGGGAUGGGGAUAAAAUAUCGCAGCGAUUCAAUUAUUAUUUAUCGUUGUAUUUUGUACUCGUGACAUUUUAUGAAAGCAAUAUAUUUUGUUAUGAAACUGUCGAAAUAGAUACUAAAUGAUGGUAUUUGACAAAACAAACUUAUAAUAAAGCGGUCGUGACCGUUGGGAACUAACAUUUCUCGAUUUCAUAAAAAUGUCUUUCAGCUUGUUUUUUCACUAAAAUCGGCACUUGAUACUGAAAUAUAACAUUUUUAACGAAUUCAAGUUUUAUCGCUUUUAGUUUAUCAAUUUAUUCCAUGACAAGUGAUUACUUUUAAAUUGAAUUAAGAAGAAAAAAAAAGUUUACAUUUACAUCCACACAAAUAAGACAAUACUGAAAUUAAAAUACUUUUGCCAUAAAGUUAUCUUUUAGUCAAACAUUUUAAUGAAAAGUAUGUUUUAGACAUGAAAACAUUAAAAAUUCUUAACCAAUAUGAAUGAUGUACUGUAGUGAACAUUCAACGGAUUUUGUUUGUACUAUCUCUAUAAUAUUGUUAAGAAAUAUUUUGCUCAAUAAACGGGAUAUUUGCAACUUUGUUUAGUUGCCUUA